UUCGCAAGUUGGAUGGUGAGACUGAGAAGUGUCUGCUGUUUCUGUGACAGACUGUGGGGGUCUAAAGUAAAGCGACGGACCACGGAGACAGGCAAAGCCUCUAGGGGGCCAUGUCUGGUGGCAGCAGUGCUAACAACAGCUGGACCAUCCUCACUCCUGAGGAGACUGUCGCUGAAACCCUGAGGCCUUUGGCAGAGCGGACAGAGCACCAUGAAGAAAGCUCCACAUCUGCAGCAGAUUCUGGGGAGAACCAGCCUGCAAAUGGUGCAGAGUCUGCAGAGGGGCUCCCUGUGGAGGCCCACCUGGAAGAAGAAAGACCCGAAGAAAAAACAGCAGAGCUGGGUGAAGACACGAGCGCAGAGCAGCACACCUCUGUGCCCGCUGACACCCCCGACGCCGCUGUGCCCACCUCUUUGGAAGUCUCCGGCAGCUCCGUCCCACACAGUGAUGCACUCCUCAGCCAGUCAGAGGGCCUACCUGAGGGCCCGGCACAGUCCAGCCAUGACCCGGAGUCAUUUUCUGACUCCUACACCCAUGUAACCCCCUCCUCUGAUGAGCCGCCAGCCUCAACGCUGAGCACAGAGACUCUGGGAGGGGUUGAGUUUACACAGGAGGAAGAGAGGCUCCCAAAGGACGGGCUACUGCAUCCGCUAAACGGGGAGGAGCACCAACAGGAAGAGGACGAGUCAGAUCUGAGGACGACUGACUUAGGUAAACAGGCAGACUCCCCUGUGGAUUCACAGGAGGUUGAGGAGACAACUGAGAAGACGGGAGAGGAGGCAGAGCCAGAGGUGAGGAGACGGAGGUCUCUCUUGGCAGUUCUGGAGCGGAUCGGAAGGACAGAAGAGGAAGAGGAAGGAGAGGAAGAGUUUCAGCUGCCACAGCGGGAGGAAGAGAGUGGCUUCUCUGUGAACAAGUGCAUCCUGGGUGCCGUCAUCCUGGUAGGCCUUGGCACCAUCUUUUUUUCAGGUGUCUUCAUGGACCUGGAUGAGGAGAGCGACUAUGGUACAGUGGAGCUGAAAGAUGCAGAGGUACCAGGAAAACAGGAGUGGCUUAAUCCAGAGGUUCCUCCACCGCCGGUAGAUGCUGACAAUACAGAGCUUCUAAAUAAGUUAGCCGAAGGGAACGAGCAGAUUUAUGUGCUACAAGCCCAACUUCAGGCACAAAAAGAAGAGCUAAAAGUAGCCAAGGGACAGGCAGCAGAGGGAGCAAAGGAGCGUCUGCGGUGGGAGGAGGUGGAGGAGGAAAACAGUAGGUUGAAGAAAGAGAUGGCAUCUCUCCCUGUCCUUCAGAAAGAGAACGAGAGGAUGAAGAGAGAGCUGGAGUCUGUCCCGGCCCUACAGAAAGAACUAGAAACACUGAGAUCCACUGUGACUGAAUUAAAACUCUCCUCAGCAGCCAGUGAAGCACUGGUAAAGCCCUCUGCACCGCCCUCCGGUGGCCAGCCAGAGGACAGCACCCACGGCACAGCCGGAUCCACAGAGAGACAGCCGAAGAAGACAAAGGGUGACCAGAGGGAGAGGAAGAAAGAUGUGAAGAAGGAGAAAAUUAGCGAGAAGACGGAAUGGAAAGAGAGAGAUAAAUCUGAAUGGAAGGAAGGAGGGAGAAAGGAGUGGAAAGAUGGCGGUAAAACAGAAUGGAAAAAGGGAAAGCAUGAGCAAGGAAAGUUUGAUAAGGAAGGUAAGCAAAAGAAGUACAGUGAUGAGAGUAAGCAAUGGAAGGAGAAAGAGUGGAAGAAAGAAAAGGGUAGCAGAGGUGAUGAAGGGAAGCCGUGGAAGGAUAGGGAAAGUAAGAAAGAGUGGAUAGAAAAGAAUGAGAGAAAAGUAAGAAAGCAGGAGAAGGACUGGAAAAAAGCAAAACAUGAGAAAGUGAAUGAGGGUAAACAAUGGAGGGGGAAGGAGGAGAAGAACGACUGGAAGGUAGGAAAAGAUCACGGAGAGAAGCACAAAGGCAAGGAUGAAUGGAAGAAAGGGAAAGAUGGCUUUAAGGAAAGUAGCAAAGAGAAUUGGGAGAGGAAAGAGUGGAAGAAAGAUGGUGACUGGAAGAAUAAAAACGGCAAAGAUCAUGGUAAAGAAUGGAAAGGAAAGGGUGAGAGAAAACAGUGGGAGGAGAGCAAAAAUCAUGGAAAAGAAAGGAAGGGAAAGAAUGAGAGGAAACAGUGGAACGAGUACGAGCGGAGGAGUAAAAAUGGUAGAGAUGAUAAAGAGUGGAAGAAGAAAGAUGAGAGUAAACAGUGGGAAAAGAAAGAAAAGUGGAACAGAGGAGGAGAGAAAGACAAAAACCACCACGCAGAUUGGAAAAAUGAAAGAUCGAGCUCCCCGAAACACAAAGAUGAGCACAGAUUUAACGGCCGCAAGGAGGAGCGCCUGUGGGGUGACGGGAAGCCGCCUCACACACACAGCCGACCCUCCCUGGAUCAGCCCGAGUACUGGGCCCAGCAGAGAGACCGCCUCCGGCAAAACCCCAAACCACAACAGCAGUGUGACUCACUGGAGGCCUGCGCCCAUGCCGAGGGGCUGCUCCCUGUCCCCUUCCCCGAGUUUGAGGCCAUCCUCCAGACUUACCUCGCCAAGGCACAGGAGGCCGGAGUGGAUGACUCCAAAAGAGAGGAGCUCAAAAAGCUAGCUGCCGAAUUCUUCAAGAAUGAAGUGUUCGUCCACGACCAGACGAGCUUUCUGGAGUUUGUGGAGGACGUGGGAGAUAUUUUAGAAGACAUGGUGGAAGUAGACGACAACGGGGAGGAGGAAGAGGAAGAGGACAGCGCUUUAGAGGAAGAAAUGGAAGAGUUUGAAAAAGAAGUCAUGAAAAAGUUUGCAGCGCCAGCAGCAGAAGAGAAAGUGGAGAGAUCCAAAGGAGAGUGGAGGAAGGAGAGCGGACGAGGACGUGGCUGAUGAUGUGACAGAAUUGAUGGAUCUGUCAAAAGCAGCUUAAGAGCGGUGAUGACGGAUGAGAGGUUAUUCAAAGGGAACAUUUCAUAUUGGACCACAAAUGCUUACAAGAAUACAUUUAUCAUCCUGUCACUCCUUUUAGAGGAUCUUAUUUUACCCCUUACAUCUGUUGUCCAAGAAGUUCAACUCGUAAUUUCAUUUCACUGUUUUGGAUUGUUUAUGUAUUUUAUCUGCACAUGCACACACACAUGUUUUUAAUAGUCAAGAGAGCAUCUAGUGUUCAUGUUAAAUCCAUUGAAAAAGCCCACAUCUUUUUUUAUUUGUGGCAGAGCAGCUGCAGCUUACUGCAAUCUACUGGUGUGAAAGUCAUUUCCGCACAUGCUGCUUCUUUCUCCCUUUUGCAUGAAGGAGAUUAAAUCUAUUAGAUUGAGUUGGAUGCUACUCUGCUUUGACUCUCAUGCAGGAAUAGAUACUGAAAAGUCUUAUCCAGACACUGCCUCUCUUCCUCUGCAAACUGCACUCUGCACUGAUGAAGUCUACUAUUUUCACUGAUCUUACACUGUACGGUAUGCCAUCUUUAUGUAUUAAUUGCUUUAAGCUCGCUCUUAACGUCAGACAACCUUUAAAUCAUUAGGUCUUAAAAAGGGUGGAGUGAAAUUCUGAAAAUGGUUUAGUGGAUAUUUUGUGUAAAAUUAGCUAUGAUUUUUUUUUUUGUUUUGAUUGUUUGUACAUAUUGCAUUGAAUGUGUUUUAAGAAGUAUGCUGAAAUGCAGACUCAUAAUUAACUUAUUUUAUUAAGGUUGGCGUAAUAUAGAUACAAAUAUAAUUGGUUGGCGCAUAAUAUAUAAACAUGUUGAGCAUGUAUGUUUCUUUUCAGGUACAGAACUCACAUUGUGCACUAAAAUGUCCUUUUUUUUGUUUGGUCAUGAGUGUAACAUUUGUUUUUAUGGAUUAGAUUUGUCAUGGCACUGAGGUUGUGGCAGGUAGUUAAAAAAAAAAACAUGUUUUCCUGGCUAACUUAUUAAAAGUUGCAGAUUUAAGGGUAUGAAGCCACAUAGAUUAGUUUUCGGACGGUGUUGAUGAAGAAGUGCGUACUGCGUGGGUUUUGUGGCAGCUUAGAGAGCUCUGUAUGUUAGGGUGUUCAUAUUUGGCCCUGUUACUGUCACAAGAGCAGAAUAAUAAAUUUGGUGCAUCCCUGUGAUGAAA